AUGGGCCUUAGCAUUCGUUUGCUGACAUUCAGCCGUGGCUAUGCCACCAAACCAGGCGGUUCCCGUCUCAAGCCAACAUUAAGUCUCGACCAGUUCAUCCAAAGAGGCCGAGUCUUGGCUUUCUACCGCACUAUCCUACGCGGGACAAAAAAGAUCGCUGAUCCUACAACAAGAGCUGAGUCUCGAAAAUAUGCCCGCGACGAAUUUGAACGGCGUCGCAACGUAACAGACGCUUCACAUGUUCGGUACCUCCUCUCAAUUGGAAAGACGGAAUGGGAAGGCAUGGAGAGGUAUAUCGAUGGUAUGUAG